GUAACGCGGUUACGUCAUAUGUCUGCGUCGCCGCGCGUCCACCUUCUGACAUUUUCAAUGACAGUUAGCACACUUCUUUGAUAAUACAGGUAGUCAAACCAUAAAGUGACUACCAUGCACAGAGCUAGUCAUACAGCUUUAUAUAACUGGACUAAGAUCGUCGGUCCGGCGAUGAUUCGCCAGUGUUUAAAAUGCAGAGUGCCCCUGCAGCUGAGCUCACGUGCUUACAGUGUGGUCCCCACCCCACGCGACAGUGAGGAGAAGGAGAUGUUGCACCGAAUCCUGCGCGUGGAUCACGCGGGUGAAUACGGGGCCAACCGCAUCUACGCCGGCCAGAUGGCAGUGUUGGGUCGAUCUAGUACUGGACCUCUCAUCCAGGAAAUGUGGGAUCAAGAAAAGGAACAUCUUGCGAAAUUCAAUGAAAUUCUGGCUGAGAGCAGAGUUCGUCCCACAGCGCUGUUACCCUUCUGGAACAUCGCUGGUUUUGUAUUAGGUGCUUCCAGCGCACUGCUGGGAAAAGAGGGGGCUAUGGCCUGCACUGUGGCGGUGGAGGAGAGUAUUUCAGAGCACUACAACAGCCAGAUAAGAGCUCUGAUGGAGAAGGACCCCGACAGAUACACUGAACUGUUACUAGUUAUAAAGGAAUUCAGAGAUGAUGAGAUUGAGCAUCAUGACACAGGACUGGAGCAUGACGCUGAAUCAGUACCUGGAUACUGGCUGCUAAAAAAUGCCAUUCAACUUGGCUGCAAAGCUGCAAUAUAUGCUUCUCAGCGUGUCUAACGUUGUAUUCAGAAUAAUUGAUUUAAUGCCAAUGUUUAAUAUAUUGACUAAGUUUGUAUAAAUCACUUGAAUUUGAAUGGCAGUUUGAAUUCUGCUCCAUUGUAAAUAAAACAUUUUGUCA